CUCUCGUUCUCUCUGUCAAACUUCUUAAAAACCAUAAAACCAGACUGACUUUUGAUGGAAGGAGCAGCCGCUGGCUAAAAAGGCCAUUUUUUGACGCUUAAUCUCGUCAGAAAAGCCUAUCACUCUGUAGGUUGCAGGCUGUAUUUAAACGGAAAUGGAGAGUUCAAUGAAUAUGAAAAGCUCUGGUGAUGUUAAUGGCUCUGAGGAUUCACAUUUUCAGGCAUGGUGAAUGCAGUUGAGCAAGAGGCAGCUGAUAAGAUUGCUCAGAAAGAAUUGGAGCUUACAAAAUUGAGGGAAAAAAUGCCGCUUUACCGUGUUGAUUCUGAUGAAAACGAAUCCUUGGUGUCUUAUGAUCCAAAAUAUGAAUCUUUGUGGACGGAGAUUUCAAGUUUGCGUCAGGAACUGGAUGCCAUUUCGAAACAUCUAUCCAAUCAUGAAGUUGGGCAGUUGAGUCCUCAUGGGUCCUUGGAUUUUGAUGAGGAGUUGAGCAGUAGUAAGAGAAUAGAUCAUUUGCAGCGCAAAGUUUCAGGGAAUCUUGUUUCAACAUCAACUUCUCUUAGGCAGGGAAAUGGCAAGCAUGAAGAGUCUGUAAUAACCGUUCCUGAAAAUGUGGAUGCUGCACAACUAAAGCACUUGUCAAGGGAAGAGUUGGUGAGUUAUUUUAAGAAUGAGAUGGCAAAAAUGAAGAGAAACCAUGACUACAAAGUACAAGAGAUGACUGAAGAUUAUUACAGCCUCAAGAGGGAAUUCUUGAUGUUGAAGGAGAAGGAUCCUUCUUUACCAUUGAGGAAGGAUAGGGAUUUUGAUAUCUUGAGAAAAAAGAUCCCUGAAGUCAUUUUGAAGUUGGACAACAUUCUUGUCCCAAAUGAAAAAUUACCUGCAUUCAGUAAUAACGCUGAUGCUCUUGACUGCUCGAGGGACAGAUUAGAAUCUCUUCUUUUAGAAAACUGCCGACUGAGAGACUUAGUUAGAGAUGCUGCAUGCAAUGCUCCUUGCAUGAAAUGUGAACUUGAAGAUUUGGAUUUGGCAUCUAUUGUUGAGGAACAAGUGUAUGCAAUCAUGUUCAAAGAAGCUAGGGAGAAACUCGGUGCCCUAAAUAUGAAAGAAAGGGUGCUGAAAUUAGAAAAUGAAAAGUUAAAGCUAGAUAUCCUCAUUCUGGAAGCAUCUCUUGAUGGAAAAGAGAAGUUACUGCAGGAAUCAGCUUGUGAUUUGGAAAAGGAGAAGAAUCGAUUUGAGUUGGUUACUCUAGAACUUCAUAAGUUAAGGUAUCAGAUCAACCAGCAGCAAAUAUUAAUUUCAAAGUGCAAUGAAGAAUCAAAUUUUAUGAUGGGUGAUUUGCUUGAGGCAUUGGAGAAAAUUGAACGUGAUAAGGUGCAGCUUUACGAAUUAAAUCAAAAGUUUGCGCAAACCAUGAAGGAAUUAAGAGAAAGCAACGAUGAAAGAGGAAGGCUUCUUGCUAUUACCCAGGAUCAGCAGAAUGCUUUGUCAUUGGUUGAAACAAGGGAAAGGGAAAACAGAAAGCAAAUGGAAUCUGUAAUCACUCUUGUUCAUUGUCUGUCAAAGGCAAUUUCUAAUAUUGAAUAUGGGAUAGCAGGGGAUCUUAAAACGGAGUAAUUUCUGGUAGUUACGUAUCAAUGUUACUCUAUUGGGUUUCUAUCAUUCUAUGGAUGGUAAAGUUUAAAAUGUUAUCAAGUGGUUCUUAAUAGUGAUUAAAAUUUAAAAUAUUAU